CUGACGUUAGGGCAGUUUGACGUCAUCACGCAGCAACGAGGAAUAAAAAAGGAACUGAGGAAUUCACGUUCUAUUUAUAGUUUCGCGUUAAAUAUAGUGUUCUUAAUGGACUUAUAUUGUUUUUAAGUAUUUAAAUAAACCAGUUUUUGAACUAUUAUAGUCUUUUUUAGCUAAGUUUUGUAGAACAGGUUACAGGUUUAGGACAUGUCUGCUUCAGCGGUCUUCAUCCUGGACCUCAAAGGCAAGGUGCUGAUAUGUCGCAACUAUAAAGGCGAUGUGGACAUGUCAGAGAUUGACCACUUCCUGCCGCUGUUGUUGCAACAGGAAGAGGAAGGGCUAAUGUGCCCUGUUAUUUCACAUGGCAACGUCCACUUCAUGUGGAUCAAGCACAGCAAUCUUUAUUUGCUGGCUACUACGAACAAGAACUCCAAUGCAUCUCUGGUGUAUUCUUUUCUGUACAAGCUGGUGGAGGUGUUCACGGAAUACUUUAAAGAGCUGGAAGAAGAGAGCAUACAGGAUAAUUUUGUUGUGGUCUACGAGCUGCUGGAUGAGCUCAUGGAUUUCGGUUUCCCUCAGACCACGGAUAGCAAGAUCCUGCAGGAAUACAUCACACAAGAAGGGAACAAACUGGAGGUCACUAAGGCCAAAGUGCCCACUACAGUCACCAAUGCCGUUUCAUGGAGGUCGGAAGGCAUUAAGUAUAAGAAGAAUGAGGUUUUCAUAGAUGUCAUCGAAUCCAUAAAUGUCCUGGUGAAUGCCAAUGGGAGCGUAAUGAGCAGUGAUAUUGUGGGCAGUAUUAAACUAAAGACGAUGCUCUCUGGAAUGCCUGAGCUCAGACUGGGCCUCAACGACCGUGUGCUCUUUGCCCUUACUGGCCGAGACAAAGGGAAAACUGUAUCCAUGGAAGAUGUAAAGUUUCACCAGUGUGUACGACUCUCACGCUUUGAGAGUGACCGAACUAUCUCAUUCAUCCCUCCAGAUGGAGAGUCAGAAUUGAUGUCUUACCGCAUCAAUACACAUGUGAAACCUCUGAUCUGGAUCGAGUCUGUUAUUGAAAAGUUCUCUCACAGUCGAGUGGAAAUCAUGGUAAAGGCUAAAGGUCAAUUUAAAAAGCAAUCUGUGGCUAAUAACGUGGAGGUUCGUGUUCCUGUUCCGAGUGAUGCAGACACCCCAAAGUUCAAAACUAGCACCGGCAAUGCAAAGUACGUUCCUGAGAAGAACAUGGUGGUGUGGACCAUCAAAUCGUUCCCUGGAGGAAAAGAGUUCCUGAUGCGAGCUCACUUUGGCCUCCCCAGUGUGGAAAAAGAUGAGAUGGAGGGAAAACCACCCAUUACAGUCAAAUUUGAGAUCCCAUACUUUACUGUAUCAGGAAUACAGGUGCGAUAUAUGAAGAUCAUUGAGAAGAGUGGCUACCAGGCAUUACCUUGGGUUAGGUACAUCACACAAAGUGGAGAUUACCAACUCCGGACGAACUAGGGACGCCUGCUGCAUUUCCUGAUCCUGUUCAAGCUCCAGGCAAAUGAAUAAUGUCCUGAAAUCAUGAUUUGCAUCCAGAAAAUGUCUUGAUAUUUCAGUUCAAGUAGAAGGAAAAUGAUUAUUAGAUUUGGCUGAAAUGUUUUUUUUUUUUGUUUGUUUCUGCUGUUGUUGCACUAUGGUUUAACUGUUAAAUAUUGUUGUAAUAAUGAUUUUUAAAAAAGUGAUGCAUUUGUGUUUGGGUUCUAUAAUGGUCACGUGUUAUUUCAUGAAAUAAAUUCUUACAGUUUA